AUGUUAACCACAGUUAACCUUGAGCAUAAUCAUGAUUUGAUUCCCACCGUCUCUCGUCAUUUUGCAAUGAAUAAGAAAAUUCGUACUCCUAUGAAGAGAAGAUUAGAAAUCAAUGAUCAAGCAGGGAUUGGGGUGUCUAGGAACUAUCAUUCAAUGGUUGUUGAAGUGGGGGGAUACGAGUCAUUGACAUUUGAUGAGCGAGAUGCAAGGAAUUACAUUAAUAAAGCUAGAAGAUUAAGGCUUGGUGAAGGUGAUGCCGAAUCACUUCAAAGUUAUUUUAUAAGGAUGCAAGCACAUAGUGAGAAAUUCUUUUAUGUGAUCAAUGUUGAUGAGGAGUUUCGCAUUAGAAACUUGUUUUGGGCUGAUGCAAGGAGUCGGGCUAUGUAUGAAUCAUUUGGAGAUGUUGUUUCAUUUGACACAACUUAUCUGACGAACAAAUAUGACAUGCCAUUUGCUCAAUUUGUAGGAGUCAAUCACCAUGGAUAG